UCCUUUUUUUUUUUUUUUUUUUUAUUGUUCUGAUAAUGAUCAAGAAACCACCUUCUUUGGAUGAGUCUGAGCUUGAUUUGCCACCGGUAAAUUGGGUCGGUUGAGAUAGCACCAACAAACGAGCCGAGCCGAGACGAAUCCUUCCACUGUGCUUGCUGGAUUCUUUGAACGACGUGGUAUUUAUCCCCUCCAGGAACGGAAGAAGGCGAAGGCGGAGGCGGCGGCGGCAGCAGCAGCAGCAGCAGCGUGAUGGAGUUCUGCCCGACGUGCGGGAUGCUGCUGCAGAUCGAGCGGGCAAGCCAAGGGCGGAGGUGCCGCCUCUUCUGCCCCACCUGCCCCUACGUCUGCACCAUCUCCAACAAGAUGGUCAUCAAGCAUAAUUUGGUGAAGAAAGAAUUGGAGCAUAUCUUUAGCGGCGCCGACAGCAUGAAGUUUGCUCCAAGAACUGCAGCAACCUGCCCAAGGUGUCACCACGGAGAGGCAUUCUUCAGGCAAAUGCAGAUUCGUUCAGCUGACGAACCCAUGACAACAUUCUACCGAUGCUGCAACGAGAGAUGCAAUUACGAAUGGCGAGACGACUGAUCUCAUAUCUGAUGCGCAUGGGAGUGGAACUGUUUUCGCUUUCUCAAUCAAGCAUCGGCGUACUCUUGUCCUAUUUCUAAUGCUUUCUGCAUGCAGACCGGAAAGGAGAGGUAACCGAUGGCAACAUAAGAUUUUGAACAGUCAUAAUGUAUGUGCUUAACUAUGCACAUAAUGUCGUUUCCUUUUUUUUUUUUGUUUUUUCGCUGUCAAAUGUACGAUAGCGAAGAUUUAAGUGCGAAGUUUUCUAUGCACACAACACGUUGCUGCUCGUUAUGUCAAAGAUUGCAGCAGCAGACAGUCGAUGAGAAGGAGAAAACAACAUAUGAAGAGGAGGGAGGACGGCAAGUCCGACAAGUUCACGUGUCCAUCCGGAGCAAUUGUGCGUUAGAAUUAAAGCAUGAAGAGGAAGGAGGACAGGAGUCCUCCACACGAGUACGUCCUUUUUUCCUAGAGAGUAAUGAAGUGAUUGAUGCAGCUGCAAUCUAAAGUGAUCCAGCAGCUCUAAACUACCCCCAUAUAUUACUGAUAAUCUAAUUAAUAACUCCCUUUCCCUUGGAUGAGGAAUCUA